UGGUCCUUAACUACCAAUGGCAGAAUCAGUUAGAGUGGAGACAUUGUAUAAAUGUUUGCUUACCAUCACAGAACAUCCAGGGAAGAGGAUAUAAACACCAGCUGGCAGCUUACUGAGUAGUGUGUGAGCAAGUGUGUGUGUGUGUGUGUGAGCGAGCAAGUGCCUGAUUGGUAAAGAUGACCAGAAAAACAGUGUUUUCACCUCAUGAACAGGACAUCAUGAUUUCGGAGUGGAAUUCGGAACACCCCCAUCCGGUAGUGGACAGUACAUGCCAGGAUACAGCUCCAGGUCAGAGUCUGGAUCCAGGUCCGUGUAAGGUGGAACUGAAGAGGAAGGUUACGGUGCUCCGUGGAAUCUCUAUUAUUGUUGGGACUAUCAUUGGAGCAGGAAUCUUUAUCUCACCAAAGGGGAUCCUGAAAAACUCUGGCAGUGUGGGGAUGUCACUGGUGGUAUGGGUAACAUGUGGGGUCCUCUCUCUGUUUGGAGCUCUGUGCUACGCUGAGCUGGGUACUAGCAUUAAGAAGUCAGGUGGUCACUACACCUACAUCCUGGAAGCUUUUGGGCCACAGAUGGCUUUCAUGAGACUGUGGGCAGAUAUGAUUGCCAUAAGGCCUGCAGGGCUGGCUGUGAUUGCUCUUGCAUUUGGCCGCUACAUUUUGGAGCCAAUCUUUAUGCCAUGCGGAGUACCUGAGACGGCAAUCAAACUGACAACAGCAAUCGGAAUCACUGCUGUAAUGUACAUUAACAGCAUGAGCGUGAGCUGGACAGCCAGACUGCAGAUCUUCCUCACAUGUAGUAAGCUGCUGGCGAUGGUCAUCAUCAUCAUCCCAGGACUCUAUCAGCUGUUCAAAGGAGAGACCAAAAACUUCCAGAAUGCAUUUGAGGUGGGUGCGGUGGAGUUCAUGGGUCUUCCUUUGGCAUUCUACUCAGGGAUGUACGCCUACGCAGGAUGGUUUUAUUUGAAUUUUGUGACAGAAGAAGUGGACAAUCCUGAACGGACUGUCCCACUGGCUAUCUGCAUCUCCAUGGUGAUUGUGACCAUCUGCUACACGCUGACUAAUGUGGCCUACUAUACAGUGAUGUCAGCAGAGGAGCUGCUCGCCUCACAUGCAGUUGCUGUGACCUUUGCUGAGAAGCUGAUGGGGCACUUCUCUCUGGUAGUUCCAAUAUUUGUGUCUCUGUCCUGUUUUGGUUCUAUGAAUGGAUGCCUUUUUGCAUUCUCCAGAAUGUUUUAUGUAGCAUCACGAGAAGGCCAUCUUCCAGAGGUUUUCUCUAUGAUUCACAUUCGCAGACAUACACCGAUAGCAGCUGUGAUUAUUCUGUACCCCAUCACUAUCCUCAUCCUAUUUCUGGGGGACAUCUACAGCCUUCUAAACUUCAUGAGCUUCCUGCGUUGGCUCUUCAUUGGCAUGGCUGUUGUGGGGCUCAUCUAUCUGCGUUAUACAAGGCCCGACAUGCCUCGCCCCUUUAAGGUCCCAAUUUUCAUUCCAGCAGUUUUCUCAUUCACCUGCUUCUUCAUGGUCUUCCUCUCACUGUACUCCGACCCGGUCAACACAGGCAUUGGCUUCGCUAUCUCGCUCACAGGAAUUCCUGCAUAUUAUAUCUUUAUUGCCUUCCACACCAAGCCCAAGUGGCUCCUGAGACUCUCAGACUUUGUGAACAGAUCUCUACAGAUUCUACUGGAGGUGGUCCCUGCUGAGAACUGACCUUUCCUGAAAGCCCCUAACCCUCUCUCCUGCUUUCAUUCCUCUCUUUUAUAGAACACAGUCCCUUCAUCCCUCUCUCAUUUUCAUUCCCCUUUUAUAUAGAAAACACUCACCUGAGUGACCUGUGUCCACUCCUUUACUCCACAGGAGGGAUGCAGUGCUGUUCCAUUAUCCCCAGAGCCGUGCGUGCUCUGCUGCACACAGUCAUUACCUUCACCCUGUUUUAGGCUUCCUAUUAUUUUGUGACUCUAAUGUAUUAUUGGCUAUCAGAUCUGUUUACACUGUCCACACAGAGUCUGAUCUCAUGCAAAUCAGUGUUUACAUACACAACCACACACUGAUCUCUCAGAUCUAUGAAUCAAGUUUGAGCUGUGUCUCAAAGUGUCUUUCUAAUACUUUAUAAUCAUAACUACUCUGGAAUCUCACAUGAUAUGUCUUUUCAUAAGGAGAAGACAUAAGCUACAUCAAAUUUACCAAUACAAUGACUCAACAAAAACUGACAAAAGAUAAAAGUAUUACCAAAGAUAAUUUUUGUUGCAUGUUGGGUGGACCUGAACAACAUGAGCAUGAGCAACAGCAACAACAACAACAACAACAACAACAACAAAUGUAUUUAAAGAAAUAAGGGGAAGAAGAGCAAAAGGCAGAGGCUUGGCUAACCUGAGGAAGAUUCACUAAGGAGAAAUAAUCUUAGGGGUGUGUGGGUUUAGAAAUGGUUUCUGUUUUAACUGAGCUACCAGACAGGUUUAAAAGUUUGGGUUAUGGUUUUGGUGUUAAUCUUAGGGGCUAGGGCAUUAGGGUUAUGUUUUAGGAUAUAAAAGUCCUUCGGUUAGGAUUAAGGUGUAAAAGUUCUUGGUGGUUAGGGUUAGAGUGUUGGGGUUAGGAAGUAAAGGUUUUUGGUUGUUAGGGUAUUAGUGUUAGGGUUAUAGGUUGGGGUGUAAGUUCUUGGUGGUGUUCCACUGAUGAUUCCCGGGAAGCCCAGGUGGGGCCACAAAAAACAGACAACCAAGAGGAAGAAAAAAAUAAGCAAAACAAACACCAUGAACCUCCUAACAGCCGUAACCCUCCUAACAACUACUGUAAAGAGAAGAAAACUAACGGGAAAGUGGAACACACUCCUUUACAUAGUGUGACUAACAAAUCAUCAGUCAGUGAAAGUGUCACAUGUGUAGUUUCAUAUCACACAUUCUUGCUUUGUGUCAUGUGUCUGCUUGCGUGUGUCAUUGUACAGUCACAAGCAACUCAAUCAAUGACCAGGUAUCUGUGGAGCCCAUGACAGAUGGGUAUCAGUUGAUUAAAUAACCGCAAUAACAUGAGGAAAGUUUGUGUGUCUGUGUGUGUGUGUGUGCUGUGGGUCUGUGUGUGCGUGUGUACAUGAGUAUGUGUGGGUGUAUUUU